UUCUUCCUCCGACACAGAGGUUGUCUUCAAAACAUUUAGUUUAAGGUUUCUUUUUUCUCUCUUGUUUGUGUAAGAAAAAAAAAAGAAGAAUGGGUCUGCGAGACAUUGGAGCAACUCUUCCUCCUGGGUUUAGGUUCUAUCCGAGUGAUGAGGAGCUGGUGUGCCAUUAUUUGUACAAAAAGAUUGCAAACGAAGAGGCCUCGAGGGGAACUUUGGUCGAGAUCGAUUUGCAUACUUGCGAGCCUUGGCAGCUUCCCGAGGUGGCGAAGCUGAAUGGGAACGAGUGGUACUUCUUCAGCUUCAGGGAUCGGAAAUACUCAACGGGGUUUCGGACGAACCGGGCGACGACAGCGGGAUAUUGGAAGGCGACGGGAAAAGAUCGAAUGGUUAUGGAUCCAAUGAGAGGUGAGGUGGUGGGAAUGAGGAAGACAUUGGUGUUUUAUAGAAACAGAGCUCCAAAUGGGAUCAAAACAGGGUGGAUCAUGCAUGAGUUUCGGAUUGAGACUCCUCAUAUGCCCCCAAAGGAGGACUGGGUUUUGUGUAGAGUAUUUCACAAGAGCAAGCCAGAUCAGGAAAUCACAGAAACAACUCACAGCCUGCAGUUUCCGUUCGAUGCAGCGGCGGCCACUUCAUCGUCCUUCCGUUCACCGCCAAACCACCUUGGCCAGUUUCUGCCCCCGGACGACGCGACCGGGCUGCUGCCGUGGGACACCAACAUGGAAGAAACUGCAGCAUUCAGACCCAAUGGAGUAUUUGGGGACUCUAAUAUGCAGGAAAUGAAGUUUGAGAUUAAUGACACCAUGCAAAAUGGCUUCCCUUUUAACUAUUUUAUUGCUUGAGGAGAUA